AUACAACUGAGUGCCUGACAUGAAACGACGAGUGCAAUGAGUGAAGGCAUUACAGUGGAGCUUAUGCAGUUACGUCCGCGCUCACUCCAAGCACGCGUCUCUUCCAACACAAACCAUCAUAGACAAAGAAAGAACUGAUACUCAUCUGUUUCGUCAUAGAGAGAUGGUCAGUGCCGGUACUUUGACGGUCGGGCUUCUGAUCUUUGGUCCAUUCGCUUUGAGAAAGUAUGUCGAUUGGCAAGCACAACGAAAACAGAACCGUCAACAAUCUUCUUCACAGCAUCAUUAUCAUCGGUUACCAAUCCAACAAAUCACUCGGUUACCUUUACCGUUGACUUUACCAAGCAAUGCACUGAUCACGUUUGCAUUCCUGCUUUUGUUGGCUUAUCACUCUUCCACUCUGCUGUUGACCUCUCGAUACGCAUUGAGGACGGAUAUAUUCCUUUUGUUAAACAGGAGUGUAAAUACACCUAGCGCAGUAUUGGCGACAUUGCUAGAAACCUUUCCAAGACAUAAAUUCGGAUGGAGAUCGACAUGGACACAAGAAGGACUCACUACACUCAUUAGACGUUUGAGCAGUCUUGAUGGAAGAAAGUUGCAUCUGUUGCUCGGCAUUGAUCCUUUCAUCAGCUGUACCUUUUGUGAUUCAAGUCGCGAUUACCUCUACUUCAGUCUGGCAACCCGAAUCAUGCAAUACGGCGUCGACCUUUUCUUAUUGGGCAUUCUGACUUUGCGAUUUGAUGCAUUGAACACUUUUGAUGAUGUGGUUCUGCUAAUAGUCGACUCGAUACAAAUGAAGGAUACAAGUGCGGCUAGCAACAAUGGAAGUGAUGGCAGUCGACUUCGUCCACAUCGACAUCAAUGGCGAAAGGUGGUAAAGUACUUUAUAGCCAUUUGUGCUUUAUGCGAGAUUGCAAUCUUGAGUGGAUUUUACGAGAUUGGUUUAGGUAAAGGCAGAUGGAGUCAUUGGUACGCAAACAGGAAUAUCGUUUGGCAUGGUUCUAUGCUAUUUUUGUCGUGUAUAAUCUUUGUUUCACCACGUACGCCACAUGUUCCAGCACUUCUACAAAUUGCACAAUCCUUGCAUAGAACAGAACUCCUACAACAAGACUUGAGGGCUAAUCUGCAAGCCGCUCAUUUGACCUCACAAAUCGUUUGGCAAGAUGAACAUAUGCGUGAAAAGAUGAUUGACUUUUAUGAUCGAUUCAAUGAAGGUGAAUUGGAUGAUGUUGAUGGAGAGGGUACAGAUGAAAUGGUGGAAAGAUUGGCAAUACAUGCUCAAGCAGCCCGUGUUGAUGUCGCUCAAUUACGUGCACAAUCAAAGCAAGCCGCACAUGCUAUAUGGUCUAAUUCUGAAACGGUUUGGCAAGAUGAGCCAUCUAUACAUACAUCUACAAUCGCUUCUCCAGUCUCGUCUCAUGCACCUUCAAGCGCAACUACCUGACAAGCAUAGAUUCACACUGUUGUAUUUUACUCAAAGAAAACAAU